GCGGAUAAUUCUUGGUUUGCCGAGACGCACAGUAACUACAACGGCACGGACAAGCCCCCAGGUCCCAGGCGCUGCACGACUGGCCGUCCGUCAUGUCAUUCCGAGCAAGCCCUGUCAGCCGCCAGGCAUUGGCUAACAUCCUCAAGAAGCGUCCAGACGAUAUUGUCUUCACCACCGGCCUGCGCACGCCCAUCGCACGCGUGAAGAAGGGCCUCAAGGAUGCUUACCCGGAAGAGCUGUUAGCGCAUGUUCUUCAGAAGACCCGCGAGCGACUGGAGAAGCGAGGCGUAGAUGUCAAGAAUGCCGUCCAGGACAUCUGCACGGGUACAGUGCUGAUGGAGCUCGGAGGCGCCAAAAGCGGCAGGAUGGCAGCGCUACAUGCUGGCAUGCCCAUCGAAUCGGCGUAUCGCUCUGUCAACCGUCAGUGCGCGAGCUCGCUGCAAUCGAUUACCGACAUUGCACAUUCCAUCAAGAGCGGAGAAAUUCAAUGCGGUGUUGCAGCGGGUGUAGAGAGCAUGACCCGCAAUUAUGGCUCGCGCGCCAUCCCUGUCGACCUCAGUCCGACGCUCAAACAAUCGGCUUCACAAGACGCACGCGACUGUAUCAUGCCAAUGGGAGAGACGAGCGAGCGUGUUGCAGAGCAUUGGAAUAUCGGCAGGCAACGGCAAGAUCAGUUCGCUGCUCUGUCGCACCAGCGCGCCAGUAAAGCUCAGAAGGCCGGACUCUUUGCACCAGAGAUCGAGCCUAUACUCGUGCGCUGGGUCGAGCCUGAGAGCGGCACGGAGACGGUCAAAACCAUCGCAGAGGACGAGGGAAUUAGGCAUGACAGCUCGGCGGAAAAGCUGGGGACACUCAAGCCCGUGUUCAGGGAAAACGGAGCCAGCACGGCAGGGAACAGCUCACAAGUCAGCGAUGGCGCGGUUGCGCUUACCAUGGCCAGAAGGGAUUUCGCAGAGCAGGCAGGCAUGGAGAUCCUCGGCAAAUGGGUCGGCACAGCUGUCAAGGGAGUCAAACCACAUGUCAUGGGUAUUGGCCCAGCUGUAGCAUCGCCCAUCUUGCUGGCGCGCUUUGGACUGACUGUCAAUGACAUCGAUCUUUGGGAGCUCAACGAAGCAUUCGCUUCUCAAGCCUUGAUGACUAUCGACACGCUCAAGCUAGACGCGGAGCGUGUGAACCCGAAAGGCGGUGCCAUCGCGCUAGGGCAUCCGCUUGGUGCAUCGGGCGGGCGCUUAGUACUAAGCCUGCUCACCGAGCUCAGGCGGACAGGCAAGGACAUUGGCGUUGCUACCAUGUGCUGCGGAACGGGGUACGGCAAGGCAAGUCUCAUUGUCGCUGAGCAGUAAAAGCGGUGUCAUGGGAAAGUGUCAUGGGAGCAAUUGUGUCCUUGGGAGGGGCAAAAGAUCUUGGGAAAUCAUAGAUUUGGGUAUAAAGAUGGCCCCUGCUCUUUUGAGAAAGUUACGGUAUUUGACUACGUUAAGCACUUGAUACUUUGUGAACUUGACGGUGGUGCAGUAAGCCACCACUUCGGUAAAGCCUCCCACAUUCGAGGCGUCGAAUCGUCAUGCGACGAUCUGCAUCGGGUUUGGGUCAGUUACGAGAAGAGUCAGCUGGCUUUGCGCCAGGUAGACGUCUCCAACACACAUCAGCAUUGCGCUUUUUGGCUAUGCCGAUCCUGCGAUCGACUAACCUGCGCCUGCACUCCUAGAGGUUCCGAAUGAGGAACUUGAACUCUCCGCCUACAAGGCUGCGCGGGCCUGUGCUGAUGUUGAUAACGACAUUGCGGGUUAAUACCGAAAUGCCAAAGACGUGUCC